UGAGAGAGCAAUGCUAUCCACCGCGCACUCCGUCCAAUGCCGUCCUUCGAAUCCCCACUGCGCCACCACCCGCCGCGGCGGUGGAAAGCAGGCCCAGCGCCUUGUAUCCUCCCUCAACGCGGCGGCAAUGUCCUCCACUGACCCGUCUUCCAGCAUCCUCAAGCUCAUCGCCUCCUCCCCCAAGGCCGCCGCCGUCCACGCCCUCUCCCACCUCCUCUCCCUCUCCUCCCCUCUCGCCUUCCCCGUCUAUCAGAGAAUCCGGGAAGCUAAUUGGUUCAAAUGGAACCCUAAAAUCACCGCCGCCGUCGUAGCUCUCCUCGAGAUCCAAGGCCGCAUUGUGGAUGCUGACGAACUGAUAUCCCAAUCCAUUUCUAUGCUCCAAUCUCCUCGAGAUCUUGCCGCCUUCUACUCUGAUCUCAUCGACGCAUUCUCCGAGCGAGGGUUGAAGGAUCGGGUUCUUGAAAUGUAUACAUUAGUGAAGGAAUCCAGUUUCCAGGAAGAAAACACUUUUGAAUCAGUGUUGAAAGCUCUGUGCUUUAUGGGAAUGCCGAAAGACGCAGAGAGAUUGCUGGAUGAAGAGAUGCAAGCUUCUGGUUUCAAGCCUUCGGCUUUCGAGUUCCGAGCAUUGGUGCAGAGCUAUGGAGAGUUGGCAUUGUUCUCAGAUAUGCAAAGAGUGAUUGGAAUCAUGGAAGAAGCUGGAUAUCCAGUGGAUGUAGUGUGUGCAAACAUUGUGCUUUCUUGUUAUGGUGAUCAUGGGCAGCUCUCUGAGAUGAUUUCUUGGAUUCAAAGCAUGAAAAGAAUGAAAAUUGGGUACUCUGUUCGAACAUUCAACACGGUGUUGAAUUCGUGCCCAGUGAUGGUUUCAAUGGUGCAUAAUUUGAGAUGUCUUCCGCUUUCGAUCGGUAAAUUUGUUGAGAUGGUCAAGGUUAGGAGUGAGUUGGAAGUGUUGUUGGUUCGAGAACUGCUUGAAGCCGAAUUGGUGGAUGAGAUGCUGGAAUGGGAUUGUUUGGAAGGGAAGUUGGACUUGCAUGGAUUUCACUUGGCUUCAGUGUAUGUGAUAGUGUUGAAAUGGAUGGAGGUUGUGAAGGAAAGGUUGAGUGGAGAUGGGGUUGUGCCAUUGGAGAUUUCACUUGUUUGUGGUUCUGGAAAGCAUAGUAGCAAGGUUGGGGAAUCACCUGUGAAGAUGCUGGUUUCAGAGAUGAUGUUUCAAUUGGGAAGUCCAUUGAGGAUGGAUAGGAGGAAUGUUGGAAGGUUUGUUGCUAAAGGUAAGGUUGUGAGAGACUGGUUAAUGUGCUGAUUUGAAGAUCAAAUGUACUACAAUAUAGGUUGAGAUUUGCUACUUGAUCUUUCCUUUAUAAUCUGAAUUCUCUUUUCAGAUGUGGGUAAUUGAACUUGUGUCUGGCUUGGGUUUUAGUUUGCUCGAGUUCAUUCGAUUACAAACAUUAUUGUAUUUCGUUUGCGCAAACUCGUUUACUUGCGAACAUGAUUGUGGUAAAAUUUUCUAGUUGUCA